CGGCGCGGCGCCUGAGUUCAGGGAAAGUUCGCGACGGUUCUGUGGUUUUUCGAGCGGGGCUGCGCGGCGAUGAGCGUCGCCGGGGCCGGGACCGGGACUGGGGCCCCGACUCUGGGAUGUCGCGCUCGGCGCUGGCGGUGACCGCGACGGGGAGAGCGGCCGGCCGCGUUUGUGAGGAGGGUUUUCGGCGGAGUCAGGGAACUCAUUUGCAAGUAUGGUAUUGGACACAUUUUGAAACUUGUACUGUCCUUGCAGAGGAAGGAUCAAAGUGCAAGUCGACAAGGAGCCGGAUGAUGACAAAGGGAUGAAAUGAUUUCUUGGCUCAGUAACAGCAAAAAGUAAUGGGCUGCGGGACAAGCAAAGUGCUGCCCGAGCCAUCUAAAAACUUCCAUUUGGAUCUCGUCAAAACUGUGGAGCCAUACACUGGCCAAAAUGGAGAUAAAUACAAGCACUUUAUUAAAGACAAUACCAUCAAGAAUCGGAACAAGAACGAUGCACCCCCACCUCAUCAGACUAAUGCCUACCAACAGAGUGGCCAUUGGGACCAGCAAAAUGAUCCUAGGAGGAAUAAAGUGGCCAAAUAUCGUGCCAAAUUUGACCCCAGAGUGACUGCAAAGUAUGACAUCAAGGCAUUGAUUGGUAGAGGGAGUUUCAGUCGCGUAGUCAGAGUGGAACACAAAAGCACCAAACAGCCUUAUGCAAUAAAACUGAUUGAGACAAAAUACAAGGAAGGCAGGGAAGUAUGCGAGUCUGAGCUCAAUGUCCUCCGGAGAGUAAGGCAUACAAAUGUCAUACAACUCAUUGAAGUAUUUGAGACGCAAGAGCGAGUAUAUAUGGUAAUGGAGCUUGCUACUGGAGGUGAACUUUUUGACAGGAUCAUAGCCAAAGGUUCCUUUACUGAACGUGAUGCCACAAAAGUGUUGCAAAUGGUUCUUGAUGGAGUUAAAUAUUUGCACAUACUGGGCAUCACACACAGAGACCUGAAACCUGAAAACUUGCUGUAUUAUCACCCAGGUGCUGAUUCUAAAAUUAUGAUCACAGAUUUUGGAUUGGCAAGCACUCGAAAGAAAGGUGAUGACUGUCUCAUGAAGACGACCUGUGGCACCCCGGAAUAUAUUGCUCCUGAAAUCCUUGUGAGGAAGCCUUACACAAAUUCUGUUGACAUGUGGGCAUUGGGUGUAGUUUCUUAUAUUUUGUUAAGUGGAACUAUGCCCUUUGAAGAUGAUAAUCGCACUCGAUUAUACAGGCAAAUAUUGAAGGGAAAAUAUAGUUACUCGGGAGAGCCAUGGCCUAGUGUUUCGAACCUAGCCAAGGAUUUUAUAGAUCGUCUUCUUACUGUGGAUCCCAGUGAGAGGCUGACUGUGGGCCAAGCCUUAAAACACCCUUGGAUAGUAAGCAUGGCAGCCUCCUCCUCUAUGAAAAAUCUGCAUCGCUCCAUCUCUCAGAACCUUUUGAAGAGAGCUUCAUCUCGAUGCCAAAGCACCAAGUCAGCCCAGUCCACAAGGUCCAGCAGGUCCACAAAAUCCAACAAGUCACGGAGAGUACGAGAGAGGGAACUGCGAGAGCUAAAUCUACGGUACCAGCAGCAGUACGAGGGAUGAAAAGAGACUUGAAGCUUUCUCACACAAUGUUGCCUUUUGCUGUGCACUUUCUAUUCAUGUAACUCUCAACAGCAUGUUGACCAUUUUGGAUUCAGUGACUUGGUAGCAUGGAGAGUUUGGACAAACCACUUUUUUCUAAUAUACAAGAUCCAUCAGAUCUCUUUUCCACAAUUCACUGCUAAUUCAUGAAAAAUAGUUAAAUGCUGAGCAUUGUUCAAACAUGUGGUGAAUAAUAAUUGAGCCAAUAAGACUAUUUUCCAACUAAAUUAGUGUGUAUGUAAUUGAUUAAAUGUACUGGCCAUUUUACAGGGUAAAAUUAGAUUGCAUAUCUGAAAUUUGUCUAAAGUGCUGGAAAUAUUGAACCUCAUUGUUCUAGUUACUUUUUAUAACUUCCAAUUAAGUCCAGUUUUUUUAAAAUCUUGUUAGGAAUUAAAAUGCUGUGUAUGUUCCUUUACAAUAUUGCAAUCUGGUAAAAUUGUCUUCUACCAGUUUACUUUUGCAAAAGAAAGGCCUUUAGGCCUUGGUUAAAUACAAAUAUAGUAAAAAAACAAAGUUUUGACUUGGUAAAUGUGCAUAAUGGAAACGUUUCUUGCUGAAAUGUUAGAUGCACAAGGAGCAGAUACAAAGGUAAUGUGCAUAAACUUUUUUCCCCCCAGUAUAAAAUCUUCACUACUGAAAAUAUUUCUUUACAAUAAAUACCGAAAUGGCAACUACCUUUCAAAUUUUUGGCCUAGCUUUGUGUUACCGAUGCAGACUCAGAUUUUGCCAUUUGAAGUAAAACCUGGUGCCAUCACUGAUCUCAAGUUGCUAAUAAAGCUCUAGUGACCUCUGGAAUGAAUUCACUUUUCAGAAUUGGUUAAUUUUUGGAGUAUUCUAGCACCUAGCAACAGUGAUGUUCAUCUAGCAGGCAAUCUCUUGCAGGCAGUGAACCUGAGUUAAGGUCUUUGUUAAAAUUUCAUAUUUUACAGAGUACAAAGGUUGGUAAGUACACAUAAGAUUAAGGUAGAAGUUGAAAUUACUGUUUACACAACAAUCUUAGGGCCAGAGUGGUGGUUCAGCUGCACAUGAUUUAAAAUUCACUUCCUCCUCAUGGAAACUGUAACAUUUUUAGAGUUUGUAUUUUUUUUACAUGAGAAAUAUUAACAAUGACCUAAAAUUCUUGUCAGUUCAUUGAUUAUGCAGGAAAAGGGAAUCAAUUCAACUGUACAUAUGUUUUUUUUCCCAGAAGCUUCUAUAAUGUCUUCCACUCUUUGAGUGCUAAUAGCCUCAUCAUUAUUUCUCUGCAAAUUCCAGAAAAUAUUCAGUGAGUCAUAAUUGUGUAAAAUUCAAAAAUCACAGCUGCUGUAUACAUUAAAUUUAUGUGCACUUCAGUUAAUCUAGAUGUGAACAGUCAUUUACAUAGUGGAUCUAGUUAGUAAUCUUGUCCUUAAUAACUGUGCUGAAAACAGCAAGAAAUAAAAGUGGAAUUGGUCUAUUUCCAAAUGAGCCCAAUUUGCUUAAUGGAAUCCAUGGUGGGGGAAGGUGGCCGGGAAUGGAAGAGGAGAGUCUUGCUAUGUUACUAACAAGUAGAAGUCACAUCUGAACUUUAUGGUGAAAUGUUGUUGUACCAAAUAUAUACAAACAAUAAUUGCAGUAUGAACAAACCCAUGUUCUUUCAUUUCUCUCUUUAAAACAAAUUAUUUUCUUCCAAAUUCCAUUUUCAGUUUAAGUGAAUGGGUAAACAUAUGUCAAACUGCAAUUGCUCUGAAUCAACUUGUGGUUAAUGAACACCAUCUGCCCAAGGUACUUUUUUCAUUCUUGCAUUAUCCAGAUAGAAUAGUACUUUCCUCUCUAAUGGCAGUAAAGCUAACAUAAUGAUGGAGUUGUGGAUGCAGUCUAAUGUCAGAGCAAAAUGCAUGGUUGAUUUGAAGAUGCAAGAGAUUCUGCAGAUGCUGGAAUCUGGAGCAACACACACAAAAUGCUGGAGGAACUCAGCAGAUGAGGCAGCAUCUAUGGAG